AAUCUAAAUCAUUGGAUUGUCUUUGUCACGAGGUCCUUCGGCCCGUUUUCCUCCACGAUUUCAUGCCGGCACAUAUCCAAUGCCAAGGCGAAUUGAUUUGUCUGAUGACUCGUUUGGGCUGGCUGUGGACGGUAGCAAAUCUCCAUCCUGAGUCUCAAGAUGACAAACAAGAAAUGGAGAUCCACACCCAGAAAGUGAUUGAAACGUUUCGGAAGGAGAACGAGGCGUGGUUUGGUCGGUCAGAUCUGGCCUUGGAAUUUGGGCAUUGCAGCCACGAGUUCGGGAAUGAUAAGUACUUCUUCCAGCAAAUCGAUAUUGCGGCCACUUAUUUCCUCAAAUGUUUGCAAGAGAAACUAAGACGCCAAUUGUGUGCAGGAUGUGUGUCCGACUACUGGAACGACUUCCGAGGCUAUCCUCGAACUCGCCGCCGACCCAAGUGGAUUGAAAUAGCGCCAAUAAAGAGGAGUGAAAGUUGUUUCAAGUGUGUGUAAAAAGUUUCCUAA